AGCUUGUAUUUCUGUCACAAGGUUGAAUUAAAGAAAAUAUCAGAAGAUGGCCACUGCACAAUUACAGAGAACUUCUAUGAGUGCACUGAUAUUUCCUAAUAAGAUAUCAACUGAGCAGCAAUCUUUAGUGUUAGUGAAGAGGCUCCUAGCAGUUUCAGUAUCCUGCAUCACAUAUUUGAGAGGAAUAUUUCCGGAAUGUGCUUAUGGAACAAGAUAUCUAGAUGAUCUUUGUGUCAAAAUUCUGAGAGAAGAUAAAAAUUGUCCAGGAUCUACACAGUUAGUGAAGUGGAUGUUAGGAUGCUAUGACGCUUUACACAAAAAAUAUCUGAGAAUGGUUGUUCUAGCUGUGUACACCAAUCCAGAAGACCCUCAGACAAUUUCAGAAUGUUACCAAUUUAAAUUCAAGUACACCAGUAAUGGACCAGUCAUGGACUUUACAAGUAAAAACCAAAGCAAUGAACCUAAUAUGUCAUCUGCUGACACCAAGAAAGCAAGUAUUCUUCUCAUUCGCAAGAUUUAUAUUCUAAUGCAAAAUCUGGGACCUUUACCGAAUGAUGUUUGUUUGACCAUGAAACUUUUUUACUACGAUGAAGUUACACCCCCAGAUUACCAGCCUCCUGGUUUUAAGGAUGGUGAUUGUGAAGGAGUGAUAUUUGAAGGGGAGCCUAUGUACUUAAAUGUGGGAGAAGUUCCAACACCUUUUCACACUUUCAAAGUAAAAGUGACCACUGAGAGAGAACGAAUGGAAAAUAUUGGUUCAGGUAUAUUAUCACCAAAACAAUUAAAAACACCACUUCAAAAAAUUCUUACGGACAAAGAUGAUGUAGAAGAUGACCAGGAGCAUUAUACAAGUGAUGAGUUUGACACUGAUACUAAAAUGGAAGAGCAGGAAAAAAACCCUGGCUAUUCUGUACAUAGAGAACCAAGUUUCGUUUGUGAGGACGAUGAAGUGAAAUCUAAAGGAAGUCCAGAUUUUUCAAUUUCUCAUUCUCAGGUUGAGCAGUUAGUCAGUAAAACAUCUGAACUUGAUGUGUCUGAAAGCAAAACAAGAAGUGGAAAAAUUUUUCAGAAUAAAAUGGCUAAUGGAAAUCAACAAGUAAAAUCUUCUAAGGAAAAUCGGAAGAGAACUCAGCUUGAAUCUGGGAAAACAGUCCUUCAUCACUUUGAUUCUUCUAGUCAGGAGUCAGUCCCAAAAAGAAGAAAGUUUAGUGAACCGAAGGAGCAUAUAUAAAACUUUUUUUUUCUGCAUGUUUGCAAAGUUCUUCACAACACUUAAACUAAAGGUCGCUGUUUUACUAUUUUAAGGUGUGUUUGUCCUACCUCUGAAAACUUAAAUAUAGUCUUAAGCAGUCAGCACACUAAAAUGAAUCCUUAACUAUCAUAUUAUGAUCCUUAAUCUUAUCUGAGACAAAUUCAAGAGAACUUUUGUAUAAAAACAGAAGUACCAGUGUCAUAAUUCUAUUAUCCUCUCGAUAUUGAUGUAUCUUCCAUUUUGGCAGACACUUCCUUUAAACACAUUAAUUUUUUAAGGCCCUCUAAAAGCCAUUUUUUGAAGUAAACAAUGUUUAUUUUUGUAUUAAAUUUUUCUAGAAAUUCACUUUUUACCUAUGUUAAAACUACAG